AUGAUGCUGCACCGCGUCUGCCGAGGCGCGUCGGCCGUCCAGCGGUCGUUCGGUCGAGCGGCGAUGGCGAGAUCUGCGCCCCGCACGUGCCACUUUAGCUCUUCGACGGCCAAGUCUUCGCUUCCAAAUAACAAGAAGCGCACGACUGGCACCGCCUCUCUUUUUCUGGACGCUAAGGCCGCAUGUAAGGGUAAGGACUGUGUUCUAGAGAAGGGAAGCAGCAGCAGCAGCAUCGGAGCCGAUCCAGCCACGUGUGGGGAGGACUCUUUUUUCAUUACACCGGAAGCUGUGGGAGUGGCUGAUGGCGUCGGUGGCUGGAACGAGAACGGAGUGGAUCCGGGCAAGAUCUCGCGCUCGCUGAUGCGCAAUGCGGCCGCGUUCGUGCGACAGCAACAAGCAAACAACAAUAGCGCCUCGACGCAGCAAAUGCUGACUUAUGGCUACAAUCAAGCAGUACUAGACGACGAAGUGGAAGCUGGCAGCACGACUGCGUGCAUUGUAAGACUCAAGCACUCGAGCGACGGCAAGCCGGUCCUGGAGUACUCAAAUCUUGGAGACUCGGGCUUUGUGGUCAUUCGACGUGGCGAAAUCAUCUUUCGAAGUCAGUUUCAGUGUUAUGGACGUGCACCGUAUCAGCUGGCAAAAGUUCCACUGCGAUUCAAGCAGUAUGGCGCCAUCGAAAAUUGCCCAGACGACGCGGAGUCAGGUGAAAUUGAUGUUCAAGAUGGAGACCUUGUGGUGCUAGCCACAGACGGCGUAUGGGACAAUUUCGCGCCGGAUCUUCAAAAGAUGCCGGCGCAAUUUCCGCCGGUGCUCUUCUGGCGACGGUACUGGUCAGAAGCGCUUGCGUCCUUUGUGGAAGUACUCCUUGAGAACCCCGACGAGGCAGCCAAGAAUAUUGUGAUGGCCUCACUGCGGCACAACCUUAAACCGGACGACAUCACAGUGAUUGUGGCAAAAGUAGUCGUGAUGGCGUCAAAGUUGUAG